AUGCAACCGGACGACACCUCGGACCUGGAUGUUUGGUUCGAUGCCGGGUGGGACGAUUCUUUGCUAGCUAGCCCGAGUGCAGUCUUGGACCUGAUCGGGCUCUCGAUUGCAGAUUUGCAGAAGAGACUAUCCACCUUCAUGUGCGGCCUGGCCAAGAAUAAUCUGGAUGGUCUGGCCCUCGCGACUUGGUGGCAGGACGCUUCAUCAGUUGAUGCACAACUGUUGGAUUGGGUUCAGUUGGUGCCGGCCUCAUGGCAGCCUUAUGCAAAGCUCGAAGAAGACACCUUUGCUUACUUUGGGUUCUGCGAUAUAUACCCGACGGUCCAGAUUGCCACGAUCUGGAAUGUAUGGCGCGUUUGCCGGCUCAUGGUCUUGCGGAUGGGGCUCUAUCUGCUUGCGAAAGCGCCCCCCGAGGCGCUGCAGCAAACUAUCUCGAUUGCUACCAAGGAAUACAGUUUCACAGAUCCCAAUCGCGGCAGGGAGUUGGUGGACUCCAUCUGCCGAUCCGUGCCGUUCUACCUGGGCAACCGCCAGAAUCAUGGAGGCUUGCACGACUUAACGGACCCAGCGAUCAGAAUCCCCAACUACCACGACCAAGACUUGGACGAAGCCAUUACAAGAGGCAUAUACUGGUUCAGGGCCCUUCGCACGCACUGCUUCACUUGA